CGGGGACCCGGCGCUGCCCCUGCGCGCCCGCCCGCUCCCUCGCGCACUGUUGUCAUGGAGGAGCCAAGAUGGCGGCCUCGGCCUACACCCUGGGCAAGCGGGAGAUCAACCACUACUUCAGCGUGAGGAGCGCCAAGGCGCUGGCGCUGGGCGCCGUCCUGCUGCUCGCCGCCUGCCACGCCGCCUCCCGCCGCUACCAAGGAGACGAUUCUUGUGAAUACCUUCUUUCCAGUGGAAGAUUUCUUGGGGAGAAGCUAUGGCAGCCUCACAGCUGUAUGAUGCAUAAAUAUAAACCAGGUGAAGCAAAAGACUGCCUUGCAGACAAACACAUAGCGUUUAUAGGUGAUUCCAGAAUCCGUCAGCUGUUUUACUCCUUUGUAAAACUGGUAAAUCCUCAAAUUAAGGAGGAGGGAAACAAGCAUGGAAACAUUCCUUUUGAAGAUAAAUCUUCAUCCCUCAAAGUGGAUUUUCUGUGGUAUCCGGAAGUCAAUGGCUCCAUGAAGCAACGGAUCAAGUCAUGGAUCGAGGGAUCCUCUCCAAAGCCUAACAUAAUUGUAGCAGGAGCUGCUACGUGGUCCAUCAAAAUUCAUAAUGGCAGCAGUGAAGCCCUCACACAGUAUAAAAUCAAUAUCACAUCAAUUGCACCUCUUCUGGAGAAACUGGCAAAAAGCAGUGAUAUCUACUGGGUGUUACAAGAUCCAGUCUAUGAAGAUAUGUUGAGUGAAAGCAGGAAAAUGAUUACUAAUGAGAAAAUAGAUGCCUACAAUGAAGCAGCAGUCAACAUUCUGAACAGCAGCUCAAAAAAUGCAAAGGCCAAAGUGAAAGUAUUCAGUGCUUCUAGGUUGAUAGCAGAAGAAACCAUAAUGCAGUCCUCAGAUGGUUUGCAUCUUCCUGAAUCAAGCAGAGAAAUGAGUGCCAUGAUUCUCAUGAACGUCUACUGCAACAAGGUUAUGAAGCCCAUCGAUGGUUCCUGUUGCCAGCCUCGACCUCCCCUCACUUUGAUACAGAAGCUGUUUUUUUGCUUUUUUGGUGCGUCUGUAAUCGGAUAUUUAAUUUUGGUCCUUAUUCGUCGCAACAAUCACCGGAAGAACAAGCCGUGCACUGAUAUGGAAAGUGGAGAAGAGAAGAAACCUGCUACGAAUACCUCAGUGGUUUCCACUCUAGAGACGCUUCUGCUGUGCUUGUGCAAGCUUGGGUUGAUUAUGGCCUACUUCUACCUGUGCGACAGAGCAAAUCUGUUCAUGAAAGAAAACAAGUCCUACACUCACUCAUCCUUCUUCAUACCAAUCAUUUACAUAUUGGUGUUAGGGGUGUUUUAUACGGAAAACACUAAAGAGACUAAAGUGUUAAAUAGGGAGCAGACAGACGAAUGGAAAGGCUGGAUGCAGCUUGUCAUUUUGAUCUAUCAUAUCUCUGGAGCAAGCACUUUUUUGCCCGUUUACAUGCACGUCCGGGUGUUGGUUGCUGCAUAUCUGUUCCAAACAGGCUAUGGACAUUUUUCAUACUUCUGGAUUAAAGGAGAUUUUGGCAUUUAUCGAGUGUGUCAGGUCUUAUUUCGACUGAACUUCCUAGUUGUGGUGUUGUGCAUCGUGAUGGAUCGGUCUUACCAAUUCUAUUAUUUUGUUCCUCUCGUCACUGUCUGGUUUAUGAUUAUAUAUGUUACAUUAGCUCUGUGGCCUCAAAUAGUCCAGAAGAAAGCCAAUGGAAAUUGCUUCUGGCAUUUUGGUUUGCUGCUGAAACUGGCUUCCUUGUUCAUUUGUAUAUAUUUUCUAUCGUUUUCUCAGGGUGCAUUUGAGAAAAUCUUUUCUCUUUGGCCAUUGUCCAAAGGUUUUGAAUUAAAUGGGAGUGUCUAUGAAUGGUGGUUUAGGUGGAAACUAGAUCGAUAUGUCGUUUUUCAUGGGAUGUUGUUUGCUUUUAUUUAUCUAACGUUUCAGAAGCGGCAGGCCCUAUCAGAAGGAAAGGGAGAGCCACUCUUUCCCAGCAAAGUUUCAAAUGUGUUGUUAUUUAUUUCAGUAGUCUCUUUUUUGACGUACUCUAUCUGGGCAAGCAGCUGUAAAAACAAAACGGAGUGCAAUGAAAUGCAUCCCUCUGUUUCAGUUGUGCAGAUUUUAGCUUUUAUCCUUAUAAGGAAUAUACCUGGCUAUGCUCGUUCUGUGUACAGUUCGUUUUUUGCCUGGUUUGGCAGAAUUUCUCUUGAGCUCUUCAUCUGCCAAUACCACAUUUGGCUAGCAGCAGAUACCAAGGGGAUCUUGGUCCUUGUCCCAGGAAAUCCCAUGCUCAACAUUAUUAUCAGCACUUUUAUAUUUGUAUGUGUGGCACAUGAAAUUUCCCAGAUCACCAAUGAUCUUGCACAAAUUGUAGUUCCAAAAGAUAAUGCAAUUCUGCUGAAAAGAUUGCUGUGCAUAGGUGGAUUUUUUUCAGGACUUCUCUUUUUAUCAGCAGUUGAAGAAAAAUCAAGGCAUUGACUUCCAU